UGCGAUGGAGACAGGAUGAAACUGACUGGAUGUUUUUCGGAGGAAAGUGCCUCUGGGGUAUCGUUACCUGGCGGCAUCCCUGGGUGUUUCAGAGCCAGAACCUUGUUUUGGUUGAAAGAAGAAGAGCGCGUUACCGUUUUAUCGAUGCCUGAGGAUUACGGACCUUUACAAUAUCGAGCGACGGUAUUUGGAUAGCUGCGCAUUUCUUCUUUUCGCUCCCUUUAAAACGCUAACACACUUUAUUUUAUUUUAUGUAUUUUUUUAGCAUCAUUUUCCUCGCACAAUGUUGAAUUUAGCGCUCUCCCGAUUGAAGGAUAUUCGCGGCGCGUCGUUUUUUGCGUUGUUCUCGCCGGACAUGACCACGUAAGGUGCACGGACCUGUGGCCAUGCAGGCGCCGUUUCUCGAGCAGCAUGAUACGAUAUUUUGACAUAACCCUUGUUUUUUUGGUGAUACGCUCUAUUGCGCAUGCCUCGUGGUAGAUAUAGCCUACAGAAUGCUGCCGUCCUGGCCGUGAUGUAGGAGCAAAAGUGAGGGGAGCUGAGGACUAAAUAAAAAAUGCGUCGGCAAAGUGGCAGCGCGGCGACCAAAGGAUUUGACUCGAGAUCCUUCGUGAAAUAGACCGUGCCAUAAGCUGAAGAAUGUCAGGGACACCAAAUGCAGAGGCUGAAGGAGUAGUCUCCAAAGUACAUGUGAAAAAGGAGAUCAAGACAAUCGUGGAGAAUCUGGAAACCAUCCUGGGAGACCUCAAGGAUGUAGCCAAAGAGCUCAAAGAGGUUGUUCAUGAGAUUGACACCCUGACUUGCGACCUGCAACUGGAGGAGGACGGACUGACAGACAGCUCCAAGACGGACACCCUCAACUCCAGCUCGAGCUCCACCACCACCACCACCACUGCUUCCAGCCUGGAGAAGAUGAAGCUCUUCCCCGAGGACUGCAUCUUUAAAACACCUGCGCCCCUCGCCCCCCUCCCCGGUAACCCUCCCGCAGUGCUGACGGUGCUCAAGAAGCCGCACCCGCCCCUGCCGCCGCCGAGGCAUACCCCGCUGAGAGCUGAGGAUCACAACGUUAGGAAUCUGCCUCAUCCGACGUUAGUGUUAUCAGGGAACAUAUCCAAGGCUAACGGGUCUCUAUUAAGGAACGGCGGGGUUUUCCCACUGAAACCACACAGGGAUUUAUUCUCCUCCACGCCGUGCUUCAUUUCUAGUGACAGCGGCAUCCCUGAGUCGGGCCUUGUUCCCACUUUGCCCAGACCCAUGCCUCUCCUCCGCCAUGAAAAGAACAAAUGCCCCAAGGCCUCGGGCAGGGAGCCCCGCGAGAGGGUACGCUUCAGUGAAAAGGUCCAGUACCACGGCUACUGCCCGGACUGCGAUCUCCAGUACGAUGUAGAUGACACGGAACUGCACUUACAGGCCGAGCUGAGCGACUUGAGGCUCAGCCCGGUGCACUGCUGCUCCUCCUCCUCCCCUCCUUCUCCUCACACUCUCCCUCGUGAACUCAUGCUGGAAAACGGCGGACUCUCGAUCAGCCACAGUUUCCCGCCAACAACAAACGCUCCUCCACCUUGUGUGCCUCCUCACACACCUUCCCUCAAGCCCCAGAAAACAAUCCUACGCAAAUCAACCACAACCACGGUUUGACACCAAACUCCUGUCUGAACUUAAACAUUCUUGAAUCAUUCAUAGUGUUUUCUACUUUAUGGGCGCUUUCUACUCGAGUUGAACUUUGGAUUAUCCAACGGGAAACCAAAUGAUGGAUAAAGUGAGUGGAAGAGAGAGGAAGGCUUCGCCACGGGCUCUGAGAUGUACACAGAGAUAUCAGGAAGAAAUGGGCCCAUUCAGCUACUGGGAAUACGAAUGGAGGAGAUGCCUGCUUCACGCGGUGGUUGACCCCGGUUGAUCAGGGAGGAGAGGAACCUGAGCUGAGGCCCCGCUUCAAGCUGCUCUUACAAAAAGGCGCUAAUGGCUCUGAAACAACAGGACACGAGACCUUCUAGACAGAUUCACACUUCUGACUCUUGAGCACCAGACAACCUUCAGGCGCACGAUGAUGCUACAGUCAAACGGGUUACAGAAGAGGCACUCACUGUUUGUUUAGUUGCGGCGGCGAUAUUUUAAAUGAUUGGAUUUCAGCCGAGACCCCAUCAUCAGAAACACAGAGUUUAGAUGAAGUGGCACAAGUUGGGGUGACAUGAUGUCAGCCAGUAUUUGAUUGAUGUCUACACAGACUUUUGCUCUGUGCAUACUCAGAUGGAAAUCAAUAGCUCCACUCGACCGAUGGAAUUUGCCUUUAAGAAUCGCAAUUGUUUGAGUCUGGAGAGGCGUACGGGUCGGAGCAAAACGCUGCUCUGCUGGACUGCAGAUAAAGAGAAUAUGAUAUCAUGUCCUCAAAGCGUGAUUUUCGUUUUUGAAAGACCGGUGUUUUGAUAUGUACGAUGACGUGGUCACUGAUCUGUGUCCAGACAUUAUGUUUCAUUGUACAUUGAUUUGCUCAAGUGGCGCCACGCAAUGACGUGCAGAGAUUCAGUACAGUGUGGCGUUGGGUUCAGCUUUACAGGAUUACUGAAGGAAGUAAUAAUUUGCAUCAAAUUUUCUUUGUAUACAACUAUACAUGUACAUGUUUGAUAUCAAUAUAUUUCAGGCAUUUUUCUACAGAGACUUUAACAUUUAAACAGAUGAUAUUUUUGAUAUUGUGUUGGGUGACUGAGAGGUAUUUUGAUGAAAGCUGACUGACAUUCCCUAGAGCUACGUGUUUUUCAGCAGGGCAGAGCAGGAUGACUUAUUUAUACGUGCGAGACAGUGUUUAUACGGAUGGAGCACUUCAGUGUCAUCACUUCAAGAAAACUUUGCAGAAUGGGCUGUUUUGGGGGAGAGGAGAAAAAGAAGCGGGCGGCGAACGAAAGGCGGCGUAAACCAAAUACCUAGUUGUGCUUUAUCAGACGGGGAGGCACGGGGCUAACUGAAUGCAUGACUGACUCUUCACUUUGUCCUGCCAUCACUGUGUUUUUCUAUGCAUAUCUGUGGAGAGGCUGUCUGUUGGUGGGUCCAACACGCAGGGUGCUGUGCUCUCCAUAAUAUAGAGUUAAGCAGUAUUCUUCUCUUAUUUCCUCAUAUGAUGUCCAUCAGGUUAAUCCUGCAGUUGCCAUAAACCUGACAAUGUUGCUUUGGGUCAAUGAAUCAUUGGUGAUAAUAAUAAUAAGAAUUAUAAAGUUUAUUUACUUAUCAAAAUCAGAGAGAGAGAAGGAAACAGAAUAAAAAAAGCAAGAAGUAUAUUAGCAUUAAUUAUUAGACUGUAUAUAAAUAUGGACAAUGCGUACGCUCUCCCUUGCGUUGGCCAAACUGACAUUAUUUUCCUUGGGAGUUUGGAGCCAUAGUCUACCAUAGUUUACCUACUAGUUACAAAAAAAAAUGUUGGAUUAUACAUUGUACUUAUGUAUUUGUUUAUUUUUUAUACUCCUACUGUCCUAUGGUACCACUUUACAGAGCAAUUGGUACAACAACUUGUAGUUGUCAUGAGGUCACAUAAAAAUAAAAUGAAACUUAUCAGAUUGACACAACAUGCACCAGCAUUAUAUUAACUACCUGAAAUGAGAGAAACCAACUUGUAAUGUAGUGUUUUAGUUUGGUUCAAGUCCCAUCCACUAACAUGGAGGAGGUGGAGCUUAGGACCUAUACUGCGGCCAGCCACCAGGGGAAGCCCUACUUGCUUUGGCUUCAGUUUUUAGGAGCUGGUGUCCAUCUUUAUUUACAGUCUAUGGUAUAAAUAGGUGAACACAUAUUCAUAGGGCGUCCUGAUUAUUAAAAACGUAGCCUCUCACUACAUUCAGGAGGCACCACACUUGUAAACCCAUCAUCUCUUUGUUCUCACUGGACACAGAGUCUGAAAUUAUGAGCAAACUCUGGAACAAUAAAGUUUUGAAGACGACGGGAAUGUCUCUAAAAGCUGUCGGUCAUAUUUUGUUGUGUGUCCACAAAGUGUCGGGAAAUGACUUGUGAGAAGUAAACACUUUGCACUUAA